ACAUGUGCCUGAUUUUCAUCGACUAGAUUUGAUUUCGUAUUCUCUACAUGGAGAUGCACUUCGGUGGUUUAAAAACAAUAAAUCUGCAUUAAUUACUUGGGGUAUUUUUGUUCAAGAAAUUUAAAAAGUAUUUACAUCUUCAUUUUUUGAAGAAUUAGCCUUCAAAACUCUCAAGUCUUAUACACAAGGUGAAAAUCAGUCAAUUCGUAACUUGUAUAACGAAGUUUUAAAACUAUGUAAUGCUGCUGAUUCCAGUAUGAGUGAGUCGACAAAGCUCAAAAAUUUAUUGAAUAAAGUAAAACCUAGUAUACAACUUGAAGUAAGUAAGCGAAAGCCAAAAUCGACUGUAGAAUUUCUCGAAUUCGCAAAGGAAGUUGAAGAACUGCUACAACUUUCUAAUCUUCAAAUCGAUACAAGUACUCAUCGUAGUUCGAACCCGGUUAAUAGUAAUAUACAUACGAGUUCUUCGAGUUUUUUUCCAUCGACUUAUUACAACAAUUCUGAUUAUCACUAUACUUCAUCUUUACGAAGAAAUUUCGGAAAUAAUGCUGCUUCAACAUCAUUUACCUAUCUUCCUUCUCGUUCAUCUAAAUCCGAUAAAACACAAAGUUAUAAUUCGUAUCAGUACUCGCAUUCAAAUCAGUUUAAUCCAUCAACUAAUAAUAAAAGUAGUAAUAAUAAUAAUCGAAAACAAAACCGUAUACAACAGUUUCAAAAUAGUUCUAAACAUAAUGCUAAAUCGAAUUCACGUUUAGUCAAUGCAGUAUUUCCAUCUAAUUCAUCAAUUCAGAACGAUAAUAUCAAUAGUUCCGAUUCAUCUGUUGUAUGUCAGAUUUGCAAUCAAUUUGGACAUGACGCUUCGUCUUGUUCAAGUUUUCACUAG